CGGCUAGAUUUCAUUUUAACCGCUUUCACAGUUCGUUAUUAUUAGGCAAACGUCAAAAUUAGGGUUCGUACUUCGUACGCAUCGUUGGCAAAAAUCUUCUCUGAAACAAAUUUUCUUUCGUCACAUCUCUGAAUUUUCUCUGAAUCAUGGAGAUGGAACGCGUCUUCGAAUUUCCUCAUACUCACAUGGAUCGACGCCCUAGAAAGAGAGCGAGAUUGGGUUGGGAUGUUCCUGAAACCCCUAAGGCUCAGGUAGGAUUGUUUUUUGGACAAGAGCUUGGGAAUAUUUCAAGCUAUGCUCCCUCAGGGGUUCCCUCGGAAAAUAUCUCUAGUUCUGUAAUUGUUAAGGGUGAUACUCGAAAUGCUUCUCCCCCUUGGCGAAAUGAUGACAAAGAUGGCCAUUACAUGUUUGCUGUUGGAGAUAAUUUAACUUCCCGCUAUAAGAUCCACAGCAAAAUGGGUGAAGGAACUUUUGGGCAGGUAUUGGAAUGCUGGGACAGAGAAAGGAAGGAAAUGGUUGCUAUUAAAAUUGUCCGUGGAAUAAAAAAGUAUCGGGAAGCAGCUAUGAUAGAAAUUGAGAUGUUGCAGCAGCUUGGUAAACAUGAUAUAGGUGGCAAUCGUUGUGUGCAAAUACGGAACUGGUUUGACUAUCGUAAUCAUAUAUGUAUUGUGUUUGAGAAACUUGGACCAAGCUUAUACGAUUUUCUUCGGAAAAACAAUUAUCGCUCAUUUCCCAUUGAUCUUGUCCGCGAGAUUGGCAGACAACUAUUGGAAUGUAUAGCAUUUAUGCAUGAUUUGCGCAUGAUCCACACUGACCUAAAGCCUGAAAACAUACUCCUUGUUUCAUCAGACUAUGUCAAAGUUCCUGACUACAAGAUUUCUUCUAGAUCGCCAAACUCAUAUUUCAAGAAAGUGCCCAAGUCUAGUGCUAUCAAGGUUAUUGAUUUUGGUAGUACCACGUAUGAGCGAGUAGAUCAGAGUUACAUUGUGUCAACUCGUCAUUAUAGAGCACCUGAAGUUAUCCUUGGUCUUGGCUGGAGUCAUCCAUGUGAUAUAUGGAGUGUGGGAUGUAUAUUGGUCGAGUUAUGCACGGGUGAAGCUUUGUUUCAGACUCAUGAAAAUUUAGAGCACCUUGCCAUGAUGGAGAGGGUACUUGGUCCACUACCAAUGCAUAUGUUGAAGAGAGUUGACCGACAUGCUGAGAAGUAUGUUAGAAGAGGUAAACUAGACUGGCCAGUGGGUGCAACCUCGAGGGAGAGUAUUAAAGCUGUGACAAAGCUCCCUAGACUACAGAACCUUAUCAUGCAGCAUGUUGAUCAUUCAGCUGGUGAUCUCAUUCAUCUGUUGCAAGGGUUACUUAGAUAUGACCCCUCUGAAAGAAUAACAGCUAAGGAAGCCCUGAGACAUUCCUUUUUUAUGAGGAGAUCACAUUAGGCUACCCACCAUUAGUAAAUGAUGAAGUUAGAUCCACUAAUUACUCAUAAGCUGUCGCUUCCUGUAGCUGGGUCAUCACCAUCAUUUACAUUAUCAAUAUGGUGAUUUGCGUGUUGUGAUAAGAAUGGCCACAACCCUUCCCUAUUAAAGAGGAGUCGAUGGCCCUGUAAAAUUUUCCAUCUUAGUUUUGUGAUGCUAGUGACUGAGGAUUGUUUUUCGGCUGUUCUUGGGCCCUUAAACUCUUCAUCCUUUUUUAGAAAUGUGUGUUCUUACUGACAUAUAUGAAUUUGAUGUAUAGAAGAUAAUAUCAAUUUUAACAUUAAUGUUUAAAAAAUUUCGACAAAAAAUAACAUUUAUGUUUAAAA